CUCUAAGAUCCUGUGGUGCAAUGAAAUACUCAAUAUGGCCCUUCUAGCCAUAGUCUUUGUAAUUCCCACUGAAUGACUGGGUUGUACUAUGCAAAUGAGGUGCUUAUGGCCCACCAAGGGGAUUGGACAGCUUGCUAAUAAUGUAAAUAAGGUGUAUGGCACCCUUGUGGGAGUGCAAUCAUGCAAAUAAAGUAUAUGGAACUCUAACAAGGGAAUUAGUCAGUUUUGCCAUCCUGCUAGGUUUAAAGGGAGACAGAGAGAGAGAGAGAGAGAGAGAGGAGCUAUAACAUGGAAGACAGAGAGAGGCAGCAGAGGCAGCAGAACCAGGACAGAGAAGGAAGCUGUAACACUGGAGAUGGCGAUAAGCAGUGGCAGAGAAACGGCAGCAGCAGAAAACAGGAGAUCAGCAGGUUAUAGCACAGUGUGCUUCCCAGCCUAUGGAGUGAGAAAGUUGAGCACUUUUGAACAGGAGGCUUGCUGGCAGAGAGGGGUGCCUCUGGGCAUUUAUCAACAGAGCUAAAAGAGCUUUGUAACACUUGUCCAAACAGGGCAGAGGCCAGGCAGAGGGGCCAAGGGCCAGAGAGAGCCCUGCCUGUUGGCAAGGCUAAGAAGAGGUUGUCCUGAUUGACGAACUGUACCCUGAGCAUUCCUGAACCUGGAUCAUAACCUGUUACUUCCCUAAUAAACCACGUAACUGUGAGUAUUGUCUAUGAGUUCUGUGUGGCCAUUGCAAUGAAUUAUUGAACCCAGCACAGAGAAAUAGAGAGUGCCAUGGGAGGGACGGUUGGUGUCAGAAUUGGUAAAAAGGUUGAAGAGAGGAGGUAUGUCUGACCUCCAACUCAUAGCAUUCAGCCUUGGGCUAUUGAUCUUGAUUCUCCUCCCUCCUUGUGAAGUUAGAUGAGGAGGUCAGAUGCCCCUGCCAUGCCAUUUUUGCAGUUGGCAUCAGGAAUGGAAUUUGUUGCAAUGGCUUCAGACUCAUGGAAGCAUGGGACUUUGUAAGAGAAAGAAUGAAGGGAUGUGGGAAGUGAAACUUUUUAUUCUUAGAUGGUUACUUUGGUUGUUGUUACCUGUAAUGGCUGAAAGGAAAGUAAAAGAUGUUAUGCUGCAGCUGAGAGGAGAAAAACCCCAUCUGAAGUGGCCUGGGGCAAAAGCCAAAUUGAUUAAACAAAGUGAUUGAUAGGGGACCAGGAUCUACUGGUCCCACCCAGCCAGAGGUCCAAGGCCAUAUGCAUAUGAAUGGGAAGAUAGUCAAGUGUGAAGAAGAUGAAAUUGGAGUGUUUUAAAAAAUGGAUGUGUUUAUUUGAAUGUACUAUGGAUAUUGAAUGUUUCUCCUACCUAAUGCUGUAACCAAAAACCCCAAACCCAUUGCUGUUGAGUCAAAUCCGACUCAUAGUGACCCUAUAGGAUAGAGUAGAACUGGUUUCCAAGGAGUGCCUGGUGGAUUCAAACUGCCAACCCUUUGGUUAGCAGCUGUAGCACUUAACCACUACACCACCCCACAAGGGUUUCCAGUCUCGUGUUGUAAAGCAGACCUAAAUGUAUGGUAGAAAUGAAUAUUGGGUAUUAUAGAUAGCAGAGGGCCUAUAACUCUGCCUUCAGCCAAUACUUGAUUGGAUAUGCUAAAAGGGGAACUAGGAUUUGCCUGAAAGAAACACAGGCUGUUGUGAAUGCAGUGGGCCUGUAUAUGGAGUAUUAGGAAAUUAGGUGGAAAAUCUGAGCCCCACCCAGAAUCUUUCCAGUUAGGAAGUUUGCAUUUGAAAAGACAUACGGACCCACCUGGAACUACUGAGAGAGCAGGAGAUUUGCAUUUGAAGGAAGGGCCUGCAGGAAAGAAAAAAAAAAAUGACUGUUUUCCUUUUUGAAUUUCAAGCAAGCAAUUUGUCUUUGGAUGCGUAGAGGCAGGAAAAUUCAGUUCCCAUCAGAAGAACCCCUUUAUAGGUCUGGAAGUUAAAGGGAGCCGUCAAGUAGAUAGCCAGAUAUGCUCCUCUGCGUAGUGACCCCUUGGGUCCAUUCAUGAGUUUAAGUAGGAGAAGUACAGCAAUGAGUAUGGACAUGUUCCACUGGCACUUGUUGACCUAGCUCAUGGAGACUAGGGAUGAUAGUGAGAAAGGGCUGGUUGGUCUGAAGUGCAGAGCCCUGGUGGUACAGUGGUUAAGAGCUUGACUGCUAACAAUAAGGUAGGCAGUUUGAAUCUACCAGCUGCUCCUUGGAAACCCAGAGGUCAGAAUCAACUCCACAGCAACAAGUUUCAGUGGGUGGUCUGAAGUGCAGGGAAUUGUGUGGACUCUUGAGCCUACCAGUGGUGCCCGUUGACCUAGCCUAUGGGGCUAGGGAUGAGAGAGAGAGAAGGGGUUGGCUGGUCUGAAGUGCCAGGUUUAUGGACUCCUGAGCCUACAGUUGGUACCCACUGACUUGGCCCACAGGUGCUAGGGAUGAGCUGACCAGAGCCCGAGCCAAUGAAGAGAAAGAUGUUUGACACUAUGAGCUGGUGUAAAUUGCCUCAAUGUCAUGGCUUGCUCUGGACUGGACUUCGAUUAUGGAUGCAGAUACUCAGAGUUCCAGCUGGAACAAAAGAUUCUUCAAGACCAAGGAACAUACUUAUAUCCUCAGGGUACUAGUUUGAUAGGGAGGGAGAAUUUAAACAUUGGCUAUCUAAAAUAGGGGGAGAUAAAGGCAUGAAGUGGCUGGCUUACACGCUUUCAUGGGUGUGCUUAUACUCAAAAUGAGAGGGACAAAGGAGGAUUCUCCAUUGAAUAGAUCCCUCUCUUCCUGAUAGGUCUGGGGAAGAGGGUGGGAGAAGAUGCGGAUAGGUUUAUAUGAUUCAGCUGUGAGUAAUGAUUGUUAACAGAGUUAAUUGUGGUAGUAAAAACUGUAAUUAUAGAAGCAAUUACUGUGAAGGAGUGGACAAAGCGGAGGCACUGCUGGACUUGAGUACGGUGGCCGAACCUGAAGUCCCUUAAAGGUUUUGCUAUGCUGAUACCUUGUGAGGCUCAGAGCAAGGGAAUAAUCUACUCCCAGUUAAGUUUUAUCAGACACCAGAGAGGGUGAACACAAGACGAACUUUUGGAGAACCUGAUCAGAUCAGAUGGACCCUGCAGCAGAUCUAAAUUCCUGAAUAACCUCACCCUGAGGACUCUUUGCCCUACUGAAGGACUUUAUUGUUAAUGACUGUUUUAGACUGAUAAAAUUAUUGGGAGGAGGAAGUUAAUCCUUCAAGUAUGAAAGGGCCAAUGGCUAGAAGAGCCAGGGGUGGCCUGUGCUGCAGUGAAUUACUUAAUAUGGCCUCUCUAACCAGUCUUUUGUAACUCCCACCAAAUGACUGGGUGGGACUAUGCAAAUGAGGUGCUUGUGGCCCACCAAGGGGAUUGGAUAGCUUGCUAAUAAGGUGCAUGGCACCCUUGUGGGAGUGCAAUCAUGCAAAUAAAGUAUAUGGAACCCUAACAAGGGGAUUGGUCAUUUUUGCCAUCCUGCUAGGCUUAAAGGGAGACAGGAGUUGUAACACGGAAGACAGAGAGAGGCAGCAGAGGCAGUAGAACUAGGGCAGAGAGGGAGAGAAGUAACACCAGAGACAGCGAGAAGCAGUGGCAGAGAAACGCAGCAGCAGAGACAGCAGAACCAGGAGAUCAGAAGGAGACGGGGCAGUGGGCUUCCCAACCCACGGAGUGAGAAAGCUGAGUGCCUUCGGACAGAAGGCUUGCUGGUGGAGUGGGGUGCCUCCAGGCACUUGGUAGAGCUAGGCUUGCCAACCCACAGAGCUAGAGUGAAGUCCUUCCGGGCUGAGACGUACUGGUGGAGUGGGGUGCCUCUGGGCACUAUAAGCAGAGCUAAAAGAGCUUUGUAACACUUGCUGAAACAGCGCAGAGGCCAGGCCAAGGGGCCAAGGGCCAGACAGUGGUGUGCCUGAGGGCAAGGCUGAGAAAAGGCUGUCCUGAUCGAAGAACUAUAUCCUGAGCAUUCCUGAACCUGAAUUGUAACCUGUUACUUCCCUAAUAAACCCGUAACCGUGAGUGUGGUCUGUGAGUUCUGCGUGUCCAUUGCAAUGAAUUAUUGAACCUAGCAAAGAGGCAGACAAAAGCUCCAUGGGAGAGAUGGAUGAUGUCAGAAUUGGUAAAAAGUUUGGAGAGAGGAGGAAUGUCUGAACUCCACCUCAGAGGAAUCAGCUUCGGCUGUUGAUCCUGAUUCUCCUUCUACCUUGUGAAGUUAGAGGAAAAGGUCAGAUGCCCCUGCCAUGCCAUUUUUACAGAUGUCUAAGUAGACAGCUUCCCUUUCAUCUCGUAAUCCCCUCACCCGUAGCAGGACUCAGAACACAACACUGUUCCUUAUUCUUCCUUCCAGUUCCACCCUCCAGGAAAGAGAGGCGGAACCCAGCUCCUCAUCAUUUGACUCCCACCCACCAACUCCACUUCCCUUUCUCUUGGAGAUCUCUCAAGGAAGCUGCUGUGCUUGGCUUUCCAGAGCCUGUGCCCCACAGGCCCAAAAGGACAGCUUGACCUGUCCUAGCUUCCCAGGCCUCAGAAACCUUUGGCCAGCUCUAUUGAUCUGAACUGCUGAGCAGGCAGUCAGACCAACAGAUAGACGCCAUGAGGGCUCUACUGCUUUUAGGGUCCCUGCUGGUGAACCUGGAGUCAGCGCUUUUGAUUCCACCUUGGAAAGCCCCCAAGGAGCACAAGCACACAGUUGGUGAACACACAGUGGUUCUCACGGUUACUGGAGAGCCCUGCCACUUCCCGUUCCAGUACCACAGGCAGCUGCACCACAGAUGCACCCACAGGGGCCGGCCCGGCCCCCAGCCCUGGUGUGCUACCACCCCCAACUUUGAGCAGGACCAGCGCUGGGGGUACUGCCUGGAGCCUAAGAAAGUGAAAGACCACUGCAGCAAACACAGCCCCUGCCAGAGGGGAGGGACCUGUGUGAACACACCCAGCGGCCCACACUGCCUCUGUCCAGAGCACCUCACUGGGAAGCACUGCCAGAGUGAGAAGUGUUUUGAGCCUCAGCUUCUGCGCUUCUUCCACAAGGAUGAGAUGUGGCAUAGAUUUGGGCCAAGAGGUGUGGACAAGUGCCAGUGCAAGGGUCCAGAUGUCCGCUGCAAACCGCUGGCCAGCCAGGCCUGCCGCACCAAUCCGUGCCUCAACGGGGGCCGCUGCCUGCAGGCGGAGGGCCUUACCCUGUGCCUUUGCCCUGCGGGCUACGCGGGACUCAUCUGCGAUGUGGACAUUGAGGCAAGCUGCUACAACGGCCGCGGGCUCAGCUACCGCGGUACCGCCGGGACGACGCGCUCGGGCGCGUCCUGCCAGCCGUGGGCUUCGGAGGCCACCUACCGGAACGUGUCUGCAGAGCAAAAGCUGAAAUGGGGACUGGGCCGCCACGCCUUCUGCCGGAACCCGGACAAUGACACCCGCCCGUGGUGCUUCGCGUUGAGCGGCGACCGGCUGACCUGGGAGUACUGCCACUUGACACAGUGCCAGGCAUCAUUACCGUCCGCGCCCCCGCUUCCCCCUCUGACACAGGACCUGCCCCUGCCCCAGCCUUCGACGUUGCAGUGGCCUCACCCCACCACCCAGAGCCCGCCUCAGUCCCAGACCCCAACCUUGAGCGCGGCGCCCGAGCAGCAGACUCCACUACCCACCGCUGGCCCCGCGGCCUGCGGGCAGCGGCUCCGGAAGCGGCUGAGCCGCAUUGUCGGGGGACUGGUUGCGCUGCCCGGCGCGCACCCCUACAUCGCCGCGCUGUACUGGGGCAACAGUUUCUGCGCGGGUAGUCUCAUCGCCUCCUGCUGGGUGCUGACCGCAGCUCACUGCCUGCAGAAUCGGCCGGCCCCGGAGGAGCUGACUGUGGUGUUGGGCCAGGAACGCCACAACCAGAGCUGUGAGCAGUGCCAGACCCUGACAGUGCGUGCCUACCGCCUGCACGAGGCCUUCUCGCCCAGCAGCUACCAGCACGACCUGGCCCUGCUACGCCUGCAGGAGAGCCCAGACGGCAGCUGCGCUCGUCUGUCGCCUUACGUCCAACCUGUGUGCCUGCCGAGGGACGCUACACGACCCGCUGAGCCCGAGGCUGCGCUCUGCGAGGUGGCGGGCUGGGGCCACCAGUUCGAGGGGUCAGAGGAAUACUCCAGCUUCCUGCAGGAGGCGCAGGUGCCGCUCAUCCCCAGGGAGCGCUGCUCCAACCCAGAAGUGCACGGAGCCGCCCUCGCCCCCGGUAUGCUCUGCGCCGGCUUCCUCGAGGGAGGCACGGAUGCUUGCCAGGGUGACUCCGGGGGCCCGCUGGUGUGUGAGGACGAGGCCAGGGAGCACCGACUCAUCCUGCGGGGUGUCGUCAGCUGGGGCUCGGGCUGCGGCGACCGCUAUAAGCCCGGCGUGUACACAGAUGUAGCCGACUACCUGGCCUGGAUCCAGGAGCACACUGCUUCCUGACCUCCCAGGGACGAGUCUUUUUCUACUGUGCGGCCCCGUAGUGGGAGGAUGGCUGGGUUUGAUGAUGGGAUAAUGGACGUUAAGAAUUGCAUCCCAUUUCCCGGGAGCCACCAGCCUGUGCCAGGCGUGGCGCAUGCACUCAAUAAAGUCCUUGGAAAAUGCUUGAGAGGAACAGCCCUUCAGGGGUUCCCCCUCGGAAAUACCAAGGCAGAAAACCCGAGCACAACUUCUCCUCGGCCACUCAAAAGAGCAGGGUCUGCGAGGUCUCAUCACGCAAGAUUUAGAUUCAUGUCCAGCUAAGUUGACUGAGCCAUGCUGUGUGCCAAGCCCUCCUCAUAUAUUCCUCAUAAGAAACAUUCACAUUUUAAGUUUACAGAGCAGCAGUUCUCAAUCUUGGUUGUACUUCGGAAUCACCUGGGGAAAAUAUCUAUGCACAAGAUCCACUCCAGACCAAUUAAAUUAGUAUCUCUAAGGAUGGAGCCUGGGGAGUGGUAUGUUUUAAAAACUCCCCAGAAAGUCCAUGUGCACGAGGCUGAGAACGAUUGUUAGAAAUGCUUAAUGUUAAAAUCGCAGCCCUGGUGCCCUGGUGCAGUGGUUAAGUGUUCAGCUGCUAACCUAAAGGCAGGAGGUUCAAAUCCACCAGCGGCUCCACGGGAGAAAGGCGGGGCAGUCAGCUUCUAUAAACGUUUACAGCCUUGGAAACCCUGUGAGGGCAGUUCUACUCUGUCCCAUAGGGUUGUUAUGAGUCAGAAUCCAAUCAAGGGGAAUGGGUUUAGUUUGGUUUUUGACGUUAAAAUCGUGGUGUGGACCCUGAUGGCUCGAGGAUUGGAAUACCACCUUCCCCAACCCACAUGGGCAGUGGGUCUCAAAGUGUGGUCACCGCACCAGCUGCACCUAAAGCCAGUAAACUUGCUAGAAAUGCAACCGUGGGGCCACACCCCAUCCAACUGAAUCUGAAACUCUAGGGUGGGGUCUAGCAAUCUCUUUCACAGCCUUCCAGGGGAUUCUAACGCUUGGUAACGUUUGAGAACCACAGUCGAGGGGUUGAAUGGCACUCUUACAGGGAGAGGGGUCCUGCCGCCCAGACCUCAGCACCUCACUUUUUGUUCUUAAACCCAUGUGUACUGAGCUUUGUGGACCAUUUAAGCUGGACUCUUAAACUUUUUUUUUUUUUU